AAACCUAAUCAGCCCAUCAGCACACGGAGCUCAUCACAAAGCUGCUGCGGCUCCAGAGGAUGCGGGCCGGAGGCGGAGGCGGAUGAGAAGGAUAAAUAAAUCUAUUAGUUUAGAAUAACUUUACCUCGUCUGGACGUCAGAUUGUAACACUGAGAACUGGGAAAACUUUUUUUUUUUUUCCCCAAAAAACACUCUGAACCUGUUUGGAUCUUGUGAUGGUCAUCCUUCAGGAGCUCGCCCUGUGGCGCCUCGCUGCCUUCACGUCUCCAGCUGUGACAGGAUAUGAAACCAUCGAGGAGGACCUCUGUUUUGACGCAGCGCUAUGGAGCUGCAGCCCACAUGAAGUCCAACUCCUUUAAGGUCCAUUCUGUCUGGAAAUGGGAGGUCGUGCCAUAUUGAUGGGUCGGACGGUGGUUUUUGUAUUGAUCCUGAUCACUGGUCUGUGCGUGGCGUCUCCCAGCCACGGCCGUCGGCUGGUGUGCUGGAAAGCCAUCCUGAAGUGCCACGGAGAGCCCGAGUGCCAUUACGCGUACGACCAGUACCUUUACGCGUGCGCCUCUGUCCUCAACGGGGACCGUAAGAAGUGUCCAAGCCACUGCAUCUCCUCUCUCAUCCAGCUCAAUCUCACCCAAAGCGGGCCAGCUCUGGAGGACUGCGACUGCGCCGUGGACCCGGUCUGCAGGAGCACCAAGCAAGCCAUCGAGCCGUGCCUGCCGCGCACCAGCACCAUGGGCUGCACAGAGGCCCGGCGGCAGUGCGAGACGGACCAGCCGUGCAGCUCGGCCAUGAGGGACUAUCUGUUCCACUGCAGGAAGCUGUUCGGGGGGGAGAUGUGCUCGGACGGCUGCCGCAGGGUGAUCUCCGGCAUGCGCUCCAUACCCAAAGCGCAGCAGCUGGACACUUGCGUGUGCGACGGCACGGAGAGGAACAUAUGCGAGUACAUCAAAGUCAGCAUGAAGACUUUCUGCUCCGAUUCGAGCGAUCGGUUCACGGGGAGCGGCUUUUCGGACACAGAGGACGAUUCUGAGGACGAUUACAUCGGGCAGGAGGAUUACCCGUAUGUGGAGAGCUCCAGUGGCUCCCCACCUUGUCAGAGUUUCCUAAAUGUCCUGACCACCAUUUUGGUUUUAAGCAAAUUUAUCUGAAAAAUGCUGCUGCUGCUGCUGCUGCUGCCAUUCAGGGCAGCUGGAAAAGUCAGACACUCAUUGUGAAAAUCAAGAAUGAACUCACUAGAAUCUGUCUUCUUUGUUGUAAUCAGCCAUUAGUGUCCUUAAACUAACAUGUGGGGCCUUUUAAAUUCAACACUAAACCUUCUGAUGUGCACAAUUCAGGACACUUGUUGUUGUUUGUAAAUCACUCAAAAGCAUAUGUUAUAUUUCAUCUGAUCAUGCCGAAGGAGCCUUUUUUUUUUUUUUUUGUAUGCCAGCUAUGUAAAGAUAGAUUGUACAGUAUAUUGUAUAAAAUUUAUUUUUUGUCAGAAUAUAUCUUUAAGAGUGAUAAAAAGAUUUGCACUGUAUGAAUAGAUGAGUCCCACUCUUUCACUGCAUUAAGGCCACACAGGAAGAGAAGAUGAUUAAAAGUGCCUAAAAGUUUUAAAAACUGACUCAAUUCACCGUGAAGUGACCAUAUCAGAGGCGUGCUGUGAAAACAGAGCAGUUAUCUUUCACCAGCUGUACGGAGACUUUCCCCCACAACCUGUUCAUUAAAAACCAAAGUUGGUGUAAGCCACUGACAUGCGUCUAAAUCCCAGGGGCAGAUACUACAGUGAUACACUUGACCUUGUAAACAUGGAUGUUUGCGUAAGGUUUAAAGUAAAACUGUUCAAACAGGCGAGAGGAAGGUGAACUCCUCCUCUCGGGGAUUUGCAGCACAAAUGGAGCCAAGAAGCUGUUGGGUCAGUUUGUUUAUCCUCACCCCCGUGUGUUUGUUAGAAGUCCUCACAAAAGACACGCUGAGAAUAAAUAAAAGAUGUCUGUGUGCGCCCAACACACUCCUCUGAAUGUACAUGCACAUUAAAUAAAGACGAGUUUAAAAACGAUUCAUUUGGAAGCGGUGUGGCUCUGUAUUUCAAUUUUAAU